AUGAUUUUGACUAGGAGGGUCAUUGAAGAAGAGGAAGAAGGACUGAAGCUCGCGAACGAAGAUUUUGAGUGUUGCUGCGGAAGAAGACAUUAUGCGGGCUCAUCAACAACUGCCGACCAUUCGACUACCCUGGACGCUCUUAAGCAGACGAUCGAUUUCCCUAAGGCCACAUGCGACUUCCAGGCGCUCUCACAAAAUGGCGACAGCUUGACCAACCAGCAAAUCGUCCUGCAUGGCUACGUUGGAGCUCGCAGAGAUGCAUCGAAAACGCUCACAUUCGCUGAGCUACACGACAUGCGGCUGUCGUCUACAGUCCAGCUGGUCUCGGCGAUGUCAAGUACUGUAGAUGGCAGCAAUAACCCUCAUGCACUUCUACGCAAUCUCGAAGAACACACUCCUGUGGCAGUCUCAGGCACUGUGGUAUCUCGCAAGGCACCGAAGCCAUCGAAAGCUGGGAACGACUCAAUGAUCGACCAAGGCCGCGUCACGAAUGUUGAGAUCAAAGUUGAGAAGAUCACUCCGCUCAAUGCUUUCCCCAAGGACAUCAUCAUGGCCAAGGAAACAGUCUUUCCGCCAGAGCAGCGACAUUUGCAGAUCCGGAAUGAUCCUAGCAUACGCGAAGCCCUCUUCUUCCGCAGCAAAGCAGCGCGAAUAGUGCGAGACGAACUCUGCGGCAACCACAGCUUUGCAGAGAUCGAGACGCCAUUGCUUUUCAAAUCAACGCCCGAAGGUGCAAGAGAGUUUCUUGUACCGACACGGGCUCCUGGGUUGGCAUACGCUCUGCCUCAAAGCCCUCAGCAGUACAAGCAGAUUCUCAUGGCAAGUGGCAUGCCACGAUACAUGCAGAUUGCAAAAUGCUUCCGCGAUGAAGACUUGCGAGCUGAUAGACAGCCAGAGUUCACGCAAGUCGAUCUUGAGAUGGCGUUUGCAUCUGGUGAAGAUGUGAUGCUUGUUGUGGAGGCAGUCAUCAAGCGUCUGUGGCGCGAGCUGGUGGAUGGCUUUGACACGGCAGAUUUCAACGACACCAGCAAGCUGAGUUUCCCCACUCUAACUUACGAAGAAGCAAUGUCAAGAUAUGGCUCGGACAAGCCAGACUUGCGCUAUGGCUCAGAGAUCCGCCGGAUCGAGUACAUGCUACCCCAAGACCUAAUCCUCAAGAUCGGACCACUCACCGACCCAAUCGUCGAAGUCAUGAAGAUCCCCAUCGCAACAGAACCACACGAAAGCAGAAAAUUCCUCAACACUUUCAUGGACUCUCCAGAAGCCCAGCCCUUCCUCCAAAACCUCGAAGGUCAACCCGGCAUCUUCAUCUUCGACACCCGCAAGCCCCUCGGCGGAAUGCAAGUCCUCGGCUUCGAAGCCGCCGAACAACUCGAAGAAAUGCUCGAGCUAGAAGAAGGCGACCUGGUCAUCUACCAAGCCCGCGCGAACGAACCCUUCCACGGCGGCUCAACACCCAUCGGCAAUCUCCGCCUGGCUCUCCACAAAGCAGCCAUCAAGCAAAACCUCCUCCCCGCGCCCAAGGGCUUCGCGUUCACCUGGAUAACCGACUUCCCCCUCUUCUCACCCAUCGAAGACGAUACUCCCGGCCAAGGCGGCGCCGCCGGCAUCUCAUCGACCCACCACCCCUUCACCUCCCCCGCCACCCCUGCCGACAUUGACCUCCUCCUUCACGCGCCCUUACGCGUAAAAGCAGCGCACUACGACCUCGUCGUCAACGGCGUCGAGCUCGGCGGCGGGAGCAGAAGAAUCCAUAAUGCUGCCAUGCAGGAGUUCAUCAUGCGGGAUAUUCUGAAAAUGAGUGCCGAGCGUGUCAAUGAUUUUGCGCAUUUAUUGGAAGUCUUGCGGGCGGGGUGUCCGCCGCAUGCGGGGCUUGCGUUGGGGUUUGAUAGGCUUGUGGCGGUUAUGUUGGGGAGGGAGUCGGUUAGGGAUGUGAUUGCGUUUCCUAAGAGUGGGAGGGGAGAGGAUGUGUUGGUGGGGAGUCCGACGAGGAUGACGGAGGGGCAGAUGGGGGUGUAUCAUUUGAAGGUGAGGGAAUAG